GCAAAGUAAUUUUUUUUUUCUUUUUUUUUUUUCGAUUUUAUACAUCGGAUAGCCUGCUUUAAAGAAAAAAAAAAAAAAAAAAAUUAGACUCUAGAAGAGGUGAAAAGUGGGAAUAUGAAGGCGUAUACUGAUUUUCACCUAAAUAAUUCAUAUGGACCGUAGCUAGGUAAGUGAUGUCCACCCUUUUAAUAGCUGCUAAUAUAACGACUCAACCAUCAGAUCCGCCGCGUAGAUAACCCUCCCUCCCUCCCAGAUCUAUUUUAGUGUCGGUGGCAUUUCAGCCAACACUUGGAAUGCAUUGUUGUUCAUCAUCAUCCCUCUAGAUCCUCCGAUAUCUGUAAUGGUGAUUGGUGCCCCUUUGACGCCUGGUCAGGUGUCAUUUUUACUUGGAGUUAUCCCAGUUUGUGUAGCUUGGUUAUAUUCAGAGUUCCUGGAACACAAGAAAACUGCAGCAUCCUUAAAAACUGGCAGAGAUUCUGAUAUCAACUUAGUUGAGUUGGGAAAUAACACUGUCAAAGAAGAUGAUAGAGCUGUUUUACUGGAAGGAGGUGGUCUCCAGUCGGCUUCUUUUAGAAGCCAUAGUUCAUCUAUAGCAUCUCCAGUUGUCAGGCUGAUUACUAUGGACGAGUCUUUCUUGCUAGAGAAUCGUUUGACAUUGAGAGCUAUAUCGGAGUUUGCGAUCAUAAUGUUCUACUUCUACUUAUGUGACCGGACAAACUUCUUUGGCGAUUCCAAAAAGAGUUACAACCGGGAUCUUUUCUUGUUUCUGUACUUCCUUCUCAUCAUUGUAUCAGCAAUUACCUCUUUCAAGAUACAUAAUGAUAAGUCACCUUUCUCUGGGAAAUCCAUUCAAUAUCUUAACAGACAUCAAACCGAGGAAUGGAAAGGCUGGAUGCAGGUUUUGUUUUUACUAUACCACUACUUCGCAGCAACAGAAAUAUACAACGCCAUUCGCAUUUUUAUUGCUGCAUAUGUCUGGAUGACUGGGUUCGGCAACUUCUCUUAUUAUUACAUCCGCAAAGAUUUCAGCCUUGCAAGGUUUGCUCAGAUGAUGUGGCGGCUCAACUUUCUAGUGUUGUUCUGUUGUGUUGUUCUUAACAACAGUUAUAUGCUGUACUACAUAUGCCCCAUGCAUACUCUUUUCACCCUCCUGGUUUAUGGGGCACUUGGUAUAUUCAACAAAUACAACGACAACGGAAAAGUCAUUGCUGCAAAAUUUGUAGCUUGUUUUUUCACAGUCAUUCUGAUAUGGGAGGUACCUGGAGUGUUUGAAUUUCUUUGGGCCCCGUUCACUUUUCUUGUUGGAUACACCGACCCUUCAAAGCCAAACCUCCCUGUUAUGCAUGAAUGGCAUUUCCGGUCUGGCCUUGAUCGCUACAUAUGGAUUAUAGGAAUGCUGUAUGCUUACUACCACCCAACUGUUGAGAGGUGGAUGGAAAAGCUGGAGGAAGCAGAGGUCAAACGCAGAAUAUCAAUCAAAGCCUUUGUUGUGAUAAUAUCCGUGACGGUUGGUUAUCUGUGGCUGGAAUAUAUAUACAAGCUUCCCAAAAUCACAUACAAUAAGUACCAUCCUUAUACCUCCUGGAUCCCCAUCACUGUGUAUAUAACCCUUCGGAAUGUCACCCAACGUUUCCGUAGUUACAGCCUGACACUUUUGGCAUGGCUGGGAAAAAUCACUUUGGAAACCUACAUCUCUCAGAUUCACAUAUGGCUAAGAUCCGGAGUGCCAGAUGGUCAGCCAAAACUGUUGCUGUCUCUGAUUCCUGACUACCCGAUGUUGAAUUUUAUGCUUACAACUUCUAUAUAUGUUGCGGUGUCAUACAGGCUGUUUGAACUGACAAACACUUUGAAGAUUGCUUUUGUACCUGGUAAAGACGAUAAGCGGCUCAUGUACAACGUGAUAACAGCUGUAGUCUUAUCGACUGUCAUCUACACCUUAUCGUUUAUACUUCUGAAGUUGCCUCAGGCAAUGGUGUGAAUUUGAUCCUGCAAGUGCACCAGCUUCCGCAUCACACUGUGAAGAUCGAGGGUCAGAGGACAUAUGAUAUUGUAUAGACCAGGUGGAAUGUGUAAUUGAUAAGAAAUUCAACUACAAAUAGUGAGCGAGGUUUGUCCGUUAUAUAUGUAACAAACACCUUGUGCCAUGCCUAUUCAGUAAGAAAUUUUAGUCGCCAUAUCACUUGUGUAUUAAGUUUAGGGUUCUGUCGUUGAGCAAGACAAUGAGUACCAAUUGCAUUCAUGAUAUUGUAUUGUUUUUCAUAAA